AGUAGGAAAUCACUUCGCUUUAAAAAGAAGAAGCCAUGGCAGCAGAUAGAUUGCCUCUGCUCUUGAACAAUGUUGGUGAUGACAUAUCUGACAGUGAAUCUGAAAACGAGCUGUCUAUUCCUAUACCAUAUGUGGUUCGUGAGGAGAAGGCGAAUUGCCUCGAGUCUGGAGAAUUAAUUUCACAAUCUAUACAGAAUGAAGACUACAGUGAACAAAGAGUUUUACCUCUGCAGGCGGACAAAAAGUAUCAUUUAUUUAUAUCUUACAGUUCAGAUGACCGGGAUGAUGCAAACAAAAUCUGUGAGUGUAUGGAACAGAGGUUUCAUAUGAAAUGUAUGAACUUCGAGAGGGAUUUCGUGCCCGGGAAAAAUAUUGACGACAACAUUGCAGACAAUAUGCGCAAAAGUGUCAAAGUUCUUAUUAUUUUGAGUCCAAACUAUUUACAGAGUCACUGGUGCGUGACUGAAGCACGUGAAGCAGCUCAAUUGUCUUUCACGGGGUUUUCCGAUGUUAACGUGAUUCCGUUACUUCUUCGGCCUCUGGGAAAAGAUUUACCUCCCUUUUUGAAGUCCUACAUUUACAUCGACGCACAAAAAGAGAUUGACGUUCCAGCAAAAAUAUAUGAGGCGUAUCUGAAUCCAGAUUCUAUUGAUCCAUUGCAUAAAAAACGGAAUGUGGACAAUGUUGCCUUUCAAACAUAUAAUGGAACCUUUCUAUGUCAGAAAUUUGCCUCAAAAGCAAAAUUUUUUGACCAUGGCAACUCUUACAGAUUUCAUCCAUUGGAAGAUCGCGAAAAAGAGAAAAUCGCCUCUUUUGACCUCAGUCCCAUGGAGUGUACUCAGCAUUACAACGCCCUUAUGGAUGAUUUAAAUUCAAGAACUCUCUUUCGGAAUUACCCACUUUUUGUUUCCAAAUGGCGUUUUCUGUUUUUAUGUGGAAUAAUUGUGAUAAUUGUUUGCAUUUGUGCCGGAUAUGAUUUUAUCUGGUGGGACGAUUUCCGGGAUAUUGCAAUUUACCUGACGAUCAUUGGGUGUUGUCUUGUCGUUUUGGUUUGCCCGUGUUCACUGUGUUUUAUGUAUAUCUGUAGAAGAAACCUAUCGUCAUCUACUUACAUCACCGUGUUUCGUCUAAAUGCAAAGUUCUACCAGAAUAGUAAAUGUUUGAUCGUCUAUGAUGACAGCAACGUCUCCAAGCCCACUCUGAACAUUUUUAAGUACGAUACCACUGAAUGCAGAAAUUAUGUUUGUCUAAUGCUGAAGAAAAAGAAACCGAUAAUGAAUGAAAACGAUAUAAAGACAAGUGCAGAUGCCUUGAUUGAGAGAAAGUUGGAAGAUCUGCAGCAGAGAAAUGGCUUAUUAAACUGGUCUUCUUUACCGGAGAGCGCCAGUAAACGUCAUAGGACCAGGAACGACAGAGCUUGUCUGUGUGAAAUGGUGGAGGAUAGCAUCAACAAAGAAAAUAAGGGGAUUUAUACCAAUAGAGGGACUAUUGAAGUCUAAAUGUGGUUUGGAGAACCUGGUGAAUCUCGUACAUUAUCUAGUCCAUGCGAAAUAGAAAAGCAUGUGCUUGACAUUUUACUUAUCAGUUUCAAAAUUAAGCAUUUCUAGUCAACAAAAGAUAUUUUCUUUACUUCAUACCAUUACUUUUGCUUUUGUUUAUCGUGAUAUACAGUGUUUUUUGACAAAGAAGACACAUUGAGUUCACUUGUCAUUUUACGUCAGAAAAUUUAUAUGAAUUUUGAGUGCCAUUUCUGAAAUGCGCUCAGAGCAACAACCCUGUAACACAAGGAAAUA